CGAUAUGGACGGGCACCUUCCAUCCCAUGUCCCUGCAGAAGGCAUCUAAGAGGCCGGUGUCGCGACUAUCGUCUGCAUACACUUAGGAAGAAAAUCCUCCAUUUUCCUAUCUUCGUUUGAAUACAAAUUCAUUCAAGCAUCAAGGGACAUCGAGUUCACCAAUAUGUCAAGACCACUUUCGGACCAAGAAAAAAGGAAGCAAAUUUCCGUGCGAGGGCUCGCCGGAGUGGAAAAUGUCGCAGACAUCAAGACCAAUUUUAAUCGUCACCUUCACUUCACGCUGGUCAAGGACAGAAAUGUGUCGACGAAGCGAGAUUACUACUUCGCCCUUGCUAAUACCGUCCGCGAUCACUUGGUGGGCAGGUGGAUCAGGACCCAGCAACAUUAUUAUGAGAAGGACCCGAAACGUGUUUACUACCUCUCCUUGGAGUUCUACAUGGGGCGCGCGCUGCAGAACACCAUGGUGAACCUGGCUCUGGAGAACUCCUGCGAUGAAGCUAUGUACCAGCUGGGCCUCGACAUGGAGGAGCUGCAGGAUAUGGAAGAGGAUGCCGGGUUAGGAAAUGGUGGACUCGGACGUCUUGCUGCCUGCUUCCUGGACUCAAUGGCUACUCUGGGUUUGGCUGCGUAUGGAUAUGGCAUCCGCUAUGAAUACGGCAUCUUCAACCAGAAGAUUGCCAAUGGCUGGCAGAUUGAGGAGGCUGAUGAUUGGCUGCGUUAUGGAAACCCCUGGGAGAAGGCCCGUCCAGAGUACAUGAGACCUGUGCAUUUCUAUGGCAGGGUAGAUCACUCUGCUGAAGGAGUGAAAUGGGUCGACACUCAGGUUGUCCUGGCGUUGCCCUAUGACACCCCUGUACCUGGUUACCGGAACAACAUUGUCAACACCAUGAGAUUAUGGUCGGCCAAAGCUCCCUGCGACUUCAACCUGAAAGACUUCAAUGUUGGUGGCUAUAUUCAGUCUGUGCUGGACAGGAACUUGGCUGAGAACAUCUCCCGCGUACUCUAUCCAAAUGAUAAUUUCUUUGAAGGUAAGGAGCUGCGUCUGAAACAGGAGUAUUUCGUGGUGGCUGCCACCCUCCAGGACAUCAUCCGUCGCUUCAAGUCGUCCAAGUUCGGUUCCACGGAAGUAGUGCGUACAGACUUCAGCACCUUACCUGAUAAGGUUGCAAUUCAGCUUAAUGAUACCCAUCCUGCGAUGGCCAUCCCUGAACUCAUGAGGAUCCUAGUCGAUGAUGAGAAGGUGUCUUGGGACAAAGCGUGGGACAUAUGCCUGCGCACCUGUGCUUACACCAAUCACACCGUCCUGCCCGAGGCUCUGGAGCGCUGGCCCGUCGACCUGUUGGCGCACCUGCUACCCCGACACUUGGAAAUCAUCUACGAGAUCAAUCGGCGCCACCUUGAGCGCAUCGCUUCCCUCUACCCAGGCGACAAUGACCGGCUGUGUCGCAUGUCCCUGAUUGAGGAAGGUGGGCAUAAGAGGGUCAACAUGGCGCACCUGUGCAUCGUGGGCUCCCAUGCCAUCAACGGGGUGGCUCGUAUUCACUCCGACAUCCUCAAAGCCACCGUCUUCAAAGACUUCUAUGAGGUGGAUCCAGAGAAAUUCCAGAACAAGACCAAUGGCAUCACCCCCCGACGCUGGCUGGUCAUGUGCAAUCCUGGAUUGGCAGAGGUUAUUGCUGAGAGAAUUGGAGAAGACUACAUCCGCGAUCUGGACCAGCUGAAGAACCUGCUGAAUCUUGUGGACGAUGACACCUUCAUCCGAGAUGUUGCCAAGAUCAAACAGGAGAACAAACUAAAGUUUGCUGCGUACCUGGAGGAGCAGUACAAAGUGAAAAUCAACCCCGAAUCCAUGUUUGAUCUACAAGUCAAGAGAAUUCAUGAGUACAAGAGGCAGCUUCUAAAUUGCCUCCAUAUUAUUACCUUCUACAACCGCAUCAAGAAGGAACCCAACAAGGACUGGACUCCUAGAACCAUUAUGAUUGGUGGAAAAGCAGCCCCAGGCUACCAUAUGGCCAAGAUGAUCAUCAAGCUCAUCACUAGCAUAGGAGAAAUUGUCAAUCAUGAUCCUGUGGUAGGUGACCGGCUCAAGGUCAUCUUCUUGGAGAACUACAGAGUCACCCUGGCUGAGAAAGCCAUUCCUGCAGCCGACCUAUCUGAGCAGAUCUCCACAGCCGGCACAGAGGCCUCCGGCACCGGUAACAUGAAGUUCAUGUUAAAUGGAGCCCUCACCAUUGGCACCAUGGAUGGAGCCAACGUAGAGAUGGCAGAAGAGGCAGGCGAAGAGAACCUCUUCAUCUUUGGCAUGAGGGUGGAAGAUGUGGAAGCCAUGGACAGAAAGGGUUAUAAUGCUGCAGAAUUCUACAGCCGUAUUCCUGAGCUCAAACAGGCCAUAGACCAGAUCGGAAAAGGGUACUUCAGCCCUCAGCAGCCCGAUCUCUUCAAGGACAUCGUUCACAUGCUCAUGAAUAAUGACCGUUUUAAGGUGUUUGCCGACUAUGAAGAUUACAUGAAAUGCCAAGAUGAUGUCAAUGCUCUGUACAAGAACACCAAAGAAUGGACCAAGAAGGUGAUCCACAACAUUGCAGGCUGCGGCAAGUUCUCCAGUGACCGAACCAUUGCACAGUAUGGCCGUGAAAUUUGGGGGGUGGAGCCCAACCUUAGCAAGCUUAAUGCUCCAGAUGACCCACGCUAAGUGUUUCCAGGAUCCAAGCCUUCGCAUCUGCUGCUAUCAGGGAUUCUGCGAAAUAGAUGAUAGCAAAAAAGUACGUACUAUGAAAGGAGAAAAUAUAGUGCAUUAGGCCCGAAACCUUCCCCUUAGACUGUGCCGAAAAUUGAUGUAAGUUUGUGAAAUUAGCAAUCCUGCCACAGCUAAUGUAAACCCACACUUAACAAGUGUUCCAAUAACUAUUAACCAUUUAUAUUUAAUUGGUAGGGUAACUACAGAUUGUUCAACCUGAAUUUUAAUAAUAUUAAACAAUCUGUAAAAGGCUGUCUGUACAUUGUUGCCGCAGACAGACCCUAUAAACCACAUUAUAUAGAACUUUGCUUCCUUUACAACUGUCCCUUGUUCAUAAAGUUUUGUUACUGGUUUGUUGUGAAUGUUAGAAGAGGAUCCCCAAAAGAAUGAUGGAAUGUAUAUCUUCAUUAUGGACAGGCCGUACAAGGUGGUAAGAUGGCAUUUAUAACAAUAUACAACCACGAGUCAAGCUGAUCUCAAAAGCAACCAAACACUGUCAAAGCUUGCACUCUAUGUUGUUCAUCACCCUUUGGUACACGAUAAAUAUAACCAUCCCAACAAAAUUACAAAAUAAGUGAUUGAAGUAAAUACAUUUACUUCGAAACAGCUUUUUCUGUCUGGCAAACACAUCACCCAUCACAUUUGAAUUUCUACCCCAGCUUUCACUGAAGACUUAAGUGAUGGAAAUAGGAAUCCACACAUGGAUGUGCUUUGGCAACACCAGACUGAAACAAAACAAAAAUUACAAUUAGCCGUGUGUCGUUAUUUGUGUGUAGAUAUGCAUGCACUGAAGUGAAUGUACACAGGUGAUUUAUCAUUCCCCUGAAACAUAGUCCUUCUUUGCUGUUGUAUCUAAGAAUUUUCUUUCUAAGGGAAUGUAUCUUGACUUAUUAUGAUAAACAGCUCACGAUCAUAACCACUUCUGCUAACGAAAGAAUGUUUUUCAGCAAAACAUGCAUUUCUCUGUCAUUGUUCUUUGUCUUCUGUGAACAUCAGUUUUCAGAAAAUUAGUGUCUAUGAAAACAUCUCACUGAAAUCCCAUUAUAUACAUGUAAAUGCAUAUAGUUAUGUCAAAAACCAUUAAACGAUUAUCACAAUAAAA